UUUCCAGUCGGUCAGGAAGAGGAGAAAGGCGGACACAGAAACAUCAAGCGAUGGCUGCUAUCAGGAAGAAGUUGGUGAUAGUUGGAGAUGGUGCAUGUGGGAAGACCUGUCUGCUCAUCGUCUUUAGUAAGGACCAGUUCCCAGAGGUCUACGUCCCCACUGUGUUUGAGAACUAUGUGGCAGACAUUGAAGUGGACGGGAAACAGGUAGAGCUAGCACUUUGGGAUACAGCAGGUCAGGAGGACUACGACAGACUGAGGCCUCUCUCCUAUCCCGAUACUGAUGUUAUUCUCAUGUGCUUCUCUGUGGACAGCCCCGACAGUUUAGAGAAUAUUCCAGAAAAGUGGACACCUGAAGUGAAACACUUCUGUCCAAAUGUCCCCAUCAUCUUGGUGGGCAACAAAAAAGAUCUACGCAAUGAUGAGCACACCAGACGAGAGCUUGCCAAAAUGAAACAGGAGCCAGUUAAACUUGAGGAUGGCAAAGAGAUGUCAAACCACAUCAGUGCCUAUGGCUACCAAGAGUGCUCUGCCAAAACCAAAGAUGGCGUGAGGGAAGUCUUUGAGAUGGCAACUAGGGCAGCAUUGCAGGCCAAGAAACGUGGCAAGAAGUCCACCUGCCUUCUGUUAUAGGCUCCAGGACACGAAGGAGCUGCCGUUAAGCACAGACGCAGAGGGCAGCUUCCAUUGAGAUUUGACAUGGGGGGAGAAAAUUGCACAGGGCCCAGAUAAGUUUUGCGGAUGCUCAAUUUCAUAUCACCCAGUUAUCCUCAGCAACCUAAAGCAGAUCUUAAAUGAUUUGAUAAGCUUCUACUCUUUGGUCCUUGGUCUGUUCAUUAGGUUAAAUUUCAUUUUGCUUGCAUCUAUCAAACCUUUUCAGAUCUAGAAGUCUGCAGGGCAGAUGGUGGGAGGUGAUUUGAACUUGAGUAGAUGUAAACAGGGUUGAAAUGUGCCAUGAUGGGAAUAAAGAGAGAAAAGGUCCUCACCAGGCCAAAGACAAUGGGGUCAUGUGAGAGAAAGGCAGAAAAAAAGACAGAAAUAUAAAACAAAUAAAUAAAAAAAAGGUUUGAAUUAGGACCAUGUCCAAGUGGAUUUUACACAGUAACGCCUACAUGUAGUGCCUUGAGA